ACCCAGGAUUACAACGAGCAGUGGCGGGCCAUGAAUCAGUCUGUUCAGGGCGACUACACACCGGCGGAGCAGACUUUUGACUGGUCGACCCAGGUCUACCCUCAUUGGUCUUCCCCAUUCCUGAAGCCGCAGUAUAGAACAGAGACCCCGAUAUUCUUUGCUGAACCGCUCACUUCUAUUGCACCACAUGAGUGGGGACAGUCCAGUUCGGCAGGACAGGCUCAGACGGAGGAGCCUGAGCCACAGGCAGAGCAGCCACAGGUACUGCUGCUGCAGCACCUAGAGCAGCCGCCGGCAGAGCAGCCGCCAGCAGAGCAGCCACCAGCAGAGCCCCCGCGUCGCAGUCAGAGGGUGAGGCGUCCGUCUAACUUUCAGAGAUCGCCUUGGGUUAAUAGCCGAAUGCCACGUCCAGUGACACAAUACUGCAGUGACCAUUAUGAGAAGUGGAUGGCUAGGUGUCGAGAGGGUAGGGGUGGUGAGAUUUAUGUCAAGGCAAGUGGUGGUUUGCGGGAGUACGACGACUUCGCGCGGGUGGAUAAUGUCAGCCAGGAAUUCACAACUGGGGAUAUUGACUUGUAUUUCUUAAGCUUGAGAAAUAGACUUCGAGCUUCAGCAGAUUUACUGGAUGACGUAGAUAUGAAUAACACAAUCAUAUUAGACACGGAUUGGUUUAUAUACCUCCAGGGCGAGUGGGACGCUCUAUUGGAGAAGUGGGCAAGAAGUGAGUUUACUCCAGAGGAGUAUCAUAUAUUGACGCAUGGAGCAGUAGCUGAUGGUUGGCUGCCCCGGAUAGACUGGCUCUGCCAAAUACGUGGAAAAGCCGUUAAGGGCAAUGAACUUCCUCCUGGUCAUAUAGGAUGGAUGGAUGCCACACAGGUUCUCAUGCCAGUCAUAAUUGGCCACCAUUUUGUCCUAUGUCGGAUCCGGUUAGGAGAAUUGGUUUGCGAGGUCUAUGACCCAGUAUUCCACAAGCUAUCACCUCGACAGCAGGAUGGUCGAGUUGGUGAACUACUGCCUUUACUGAGAUUGUUGCCAAUUGUCCUUCAGUUGGCGAGGUGGCUAGACGACACAUCCAUUGAUUCGACAGUGGCAAAGGAGAAGUACCCACUUAUGACGGCGGUGUUUGCUCCAGCGGAGGUUCAGUUUCACCAGCAGGACUCUGUCAGCUGCGGGCCUUUCGUCUGCAUGUAUGCAGAACGACUGAUAUCUGGCUCUCCAUCCAUUGAGUGGGGUAACCACAACGUGGCGGCAUACAGGGCCAAGAUUGCUAGAUCUAUAUUUUCGUUGUGUGAAACUAGGAAAGCCCGUAUCACUAGACUUGGUUCUGCAUAGUUUUGUAUAUUGUUACAUUAAUGUGUGCUUCUAUUUGGUUAUUCAACGAGCAUUAUUUCCUGUAAAUCAUUCCAGCUUAUCGAAUAAUAAGAUAAUUCAAUCAAUAUCA